GCCAACCACAACCCCAAAGGAAAUCUCCGUCGCCUCGCGAUCCUCCACCCCGUCCGUCCACCUCCGUCGUCGUUGUCAACAUUUCCUGCGCGCGCGCACCUCAUCUUUCUUCACACCCGCUUGCCAAUUGCUGCCUUUGCGCACCACCUUUCGUCGUCCGCGAGGUUUUCAGCAUCACAGCCUCCCCUGUCGACGGACCCGGGUCGACCGUCCAUCCCCUCCAUCAAAGCAGAGCCAUUUUCUCCCCUCCGACAUGCUCAGCGCCGCUCUUCGGAGGCGAGUCCUCGCCCCAACUCACAAUGCCCUCCGAACGGGCUUCACCUCGCACGUCGUGAGGUACUACGCCUCCUUCCCAGACCACCAGGUCGUCAAGAUGCCCGCCCUGUCUCCCACCAUGCAGGCUGGCAACAUCGGUGCCUGGCAGAAGAAGGCUGGAGACUCCAUCGCCCCAGGCGACGUGCUGGUGGAGAUCGAGACCGACAAGGCUCAGAUGGACUUUGAGUUCCAGGAGGAGGGCAUCAUUGCCAAGAUUCUCAAGGAGUCUGGCGAGAAGGAUGUUCCUGUCGGCAGCCCCAUUGCCAUCCUUGUCGAGGAGGGAACCGACAUUUCUGCCUUCGAGAAAUUCACACUCGAGGACGCUGGCGGCGACGCCAAGACUGCCCAGCCCAAGCAGGAAGAGAAGACCGAGUCGCAAUCAGCCCCCGCCCCGACCCCGUCUCCUGCGCCCGAGCCUGAGCAGUACUCUUCCUCCAAGGGCAAGCUGCAGACCGCCCUCGACCGCGAGCCCAAUGCUUCUCCCGCCGCCAAGCGACUUGCACGCGAGAACGGUGUGAGCCUUGACGGCCUCAAGGGAACCGGCAAGGGCGGCAAGAUCACCGAGGAGGACGUCAAGAAGGCCGUCAGCAGCCCGGCCGUUGCUGCUCCUGGCGCCACCUUCGAGGACAUCCCGAUCAGCAGCAUGCGCAAGGUCAUCGCCAACCGCCUGCAGGAGUCUGUCCAGAACAACCCCCACUUUUUCGUCACCAGCUCCCUGUCCGUGACCAAGCUGCUGAAGCUGCGUCAGGCUCUCAACAGCUCGUCUGAGGGCAAGUACAAACUUUCGGUCAACGACUUCCUGAUCAAGGCCAUUGCCAUCGCGUCCAAGAAGGUGCCCGCCGUCAACUCCAGCUGGCGCGAGGGCAGCAUUCGUCAGUUCAACAGCGUCGACGUCUCCGUCGCCGUGUCUACCCCGACCGGUCUCAUCACCCCCAUCGUUGCCGGCGUCGAUGCCCGUGGCCUCGAGUCCAUCUCCGGAAAGGUCAAGGAGCUCGCCAAGAAGGCUCGCGACGGCAAGCUCAAGCCUGAGGAGUACCAGGGUGGCACCAUCUCCAUCUCUAACAUGGGCAUGAACGCCGCCGUCGACCACUUCACCGCUGUCAUCAACCCUCCUCAGGCCGCUAUCCUGGCCGUCGGCACCACCAAGAAGGUUGCUGUCCCGGUCGAGAACGAGGACGGCACCACUGGUGUUGAGUGGGAGGACCAAAUCACCGUCACGGCCAGCUUCGACCACAAGGUCGUUGAUGGCGCCGUUGGUGCCGAGUGGAUCCGCGAGGUCAAGAAGGUCAUCGAGAACCCCCUGGAGCUGCUCCUCUAAGCGGGCCCGUACAGAGUAAAGUCAAGUGUUUGGGAGCGUUACGACGACAGGAAAACGAGGUGGGAGGUUGAAUACCUUAUAGACUAGGUCGGCGUGGGUGACCUGGGCCGCUCACAAGCGGGUCCGGGAGCAGCGGAAGACGCAGCACGAAGACAGGGUUGAUCUCUCGCCUUCUGCGAGAACCCAGAGGCAAGGCGCCCGUGUACAAUGACCCUUGAUUGACGCAUUUGGGACGGGGACCGGUUUGCAGCUUGUACAUUGGUUUGCUAUUCCUCCUCGCCUUCAAUGCAGAGACUUUUGAUAUGUUCUAAAUCUGUAGGUGACGCACCCGCUUCACGGUGCACUACUUGGACGUGCUGGCCACCGCCUGAGAGGUGGGGAGAGCCGGUCCUUGCUUUCUCCGAGCAUGUGACGCAUCACGCCCGUGAUCGGGUGUUCUCUUUUUAUGUCUUUCCAAGCAGGCCAACAGGCGACUUCAGCUUAGCAAGAACAGCUAGCAGCGCGCCAAAGAAGGUCAUUGCGCCGCUGAAAUAGGAGAGCUCAUGAAAGCCAUGGUAUCUCUCAACCAGGCUUCCGCUAACCGGAGGCCCCACGAGAGCGGAAAAGGAGGCGAGGGCCAUGCCGACGCCCAUGUAAGUGCCGAUAUUCUCGGGGCGGUCGACGCACAAAGUUACGGCGACGGAGCCGCCUGAUAUGAUUGCGCCGGAGAAGAAGC